GACGUGUGUAUCAAUAAGCACGAUAUUUCUUCAUCUCGCGACAGCCCCGCGGCACGACGUUCCCAGAGAUCUGUUCGAUACGAUACCCCUCCGGAAAACCCAGCAUCAAGAAGAACCUUUGCUAGCCAUCCACUCGCCGUGACAACCACCUGACCUGCCGCCCGCACUGCGAUAGCAACACCUGUAUUUCUCUCAGAAGGACCAGCUACUCGCCUUCAUGGAUAAUUUAUGGACCCGUCGAGCAAACACCGGUAAACUCUCACUGACCACGAAUUCUGGUCCCAACGGCGCCUCCAACGAACCACCCUCUUCCCGCAACGCAUCUUUUGCCAAGCGCGCGGGCGGCGACAAUGCAUCGUCCAUGCGCUCGGGGCCCCUCAGUGCUACAACACCUGGUGGAGGGCUGACCUCGCCAACGGGCGCAUCCAGCGCUUUUGGCCUGGGCUCAGGCGCAUUCGCCUCCUUCGGGUCUGCGAAGACGCCCAAGUCCGGAGGUAAUCCUUUCGAUACGGCCAUGGGUACGGCGGCACCCAAGCCCGGCGUCGCGAAAGACGCCAAACCAAUCGGCAAGACUCCCAGCAUGGCCUCGAUCUCCGAGGCCAGAUCUCUUGACGGCACGGUACCGACUUUACAUCUGCUCAUAGAUUCAUGGACCUUCUGGUAUCGUCCACCCAUCUCUAAGGCACAUGGGUACAUCGAAUAUGAGCACACCUUGCAUCCUAUUGCAACCGUUCGAGCGGCGGAAGAGUUUUGGGAUGUAUAUGAGCACCUGAAGCGCCCUUCGACACUGCCCGUGGUGUCGGACUAUCAUCUCUUCAAAAAGGAUAUCCGGCCAAUUUGGGAGGACGAGGUCAACAAGAAGGGUGGCAAGUGGGUGGUGAGGCUGAAGAAGGGCGUGGCUGAUCGUUACUGGGAAGACCUCCUCUUGGCGCUUAUUGGAGACCAGUUCUUCGAGGCGGGCGAGGAUGUUUGCGGCGCCGUGCUGAGUGUCCGAAAUGGCGAAGAUAUCUUGAGUAUCUGGACCAAGACGGACGGUGGCCGCGUGCUCAAGAUUCGGUAAGCUGUCCAUGUGCAUGGUUGGUAUGGUUGAACAAAUGACUGACCUCGUCCAGCGAACUCAUGAAGCACAUCCUCAAGCUGCCCGCCAACACGCGCGUCGAGUUUCGAAGUCACGACUCGAGCAUCCAAC